GCAAUUUCUGUCGGAGGGCUGAAGUGGAAGGGGUUUGUGGUCUGUCCCUUUAAGCUGGUGUUUCCUGUCGGAGGGCAGGCAAGGCGGCCGCGGCGGCUCGAUCAUGAAGCCCCGGUGGCUCUUGUUCUGCGUCCUGGCGCUGGCGGCGUGGAGUCCGCGCCGGGCGGGCUGCUAUUUCCCGGAGGAGCGCUGGGUGCCCGAAUCCCCGCUGCGGCCUCCACGCGUACUGUUGGCGCUGGUGGCUCGCAACUCGGCUCACUCGCUGCCGGCGGCGCUCGGUUACAUCGAGAGGCUGCGGCACCCAAAGGACCGCAUCGCGCUGUGGGUGGCAACUGAUCACAGUGUGGACAACACGACAGCUGUGCUUCGGGAAUGGCUGAUGAACGUUCAGAGCAUGUAUCACUCAGUGGAGUGGCGGCCCAUGGAACAGCCCAGCAGGUCCUAUCCAGACGAGGAAGGUCCCAAGCACUGGUCCAAUUCCCGUUAUGAACAUGUCAUGAAACUUCGUCAGGCAGCGUUGCAGUCUGCCCGGAACAUCUGGGCUGAUUACAUCCUGUUUGUAGAUACGGACAAUCUCCUGACGAACCCUGACACUCUGGGCCUUUUGAUAGCUGAGAACAAGACUGUGGUGGCACCAAUGCUGGACUCGCGGGCAGCCUAUUCAAACUUUUGGUGUGGGAUGACCUCACAGGGCUAUUACAAGCGCACUCCUGCUUACAUCCCCAUCAGGAAACGUGACCGCCAGGGCUGCUUUGCUGUCCCCAUGGUGCACUCCACCUUUCUCAUCAACCUCCAGAAAGAGGCCACCCAGCACCUUGCUUUCUACCCACCCCACCCGGAUUACACUUGGGCAUUUGAUGACAUCAUUGUCUUUGCUUUUGCCUGCAGGCAGGCAGAAAUUCAGAUGUACGUGUGCAACAAAGAGGUGUAUGGCUUCCUUCCUGUUCCUUUGCGAUCUCACAGCACCCUGCGUGACGAGGUAGAGAGUUUCAUGCAUGUGAAGCUGGAAGUCAUGGUUAAGAAUCCUCCAGUGGAACCUUCCCAAUAUCUGUCUGUGCCUCCCAAAAUCCCGGACAAAAUGGGAUUGGAUGAGGUCUUCAUGAUUAACCUGAAACGUAGGACUGACCGCCGGGAGCGGAUGCUGCGGGCCCUUUACGAGCAGGAGAUUGACAGCAAAGUCGUUGAGGCUGUGGAUGGGAAAGCAAUGAACACCAGCGAGGUGGAAGCCAUGGGCAUCAAGAUGUUGCCAGGUUACAAGGAUCCAUACCACGGACGUCCGCUCACCAAAGGGGAGUUGGGUUGCUUCCUCAGCCACUAUAAGAUUUGGCAAGAGAUAGUUGAGAGAGGCCUGGAGAAGUCAGUGGUGUUCGAGGAUGACCUGCGCUUUGAGAUCUUUUUUAAACGACGCCUGAUGAACCUCAUGUAUGACUUGGAAGAAGAUGGCCUGGACUGGGAUUUGAUCUACAUUGGCCGGAAACGCAUGCAAGUGGAGCAUCCUGAGAAAGCUGUGCCCCACGUCCGCAAUCUGGUGGAGGCUGACUACUCGUACUGGACUCUUGCCUAUGUCAUCUCUCUUCAGGGGGCCCGAAAGCUACUGGAGGCCAAGCCCCUCUCCAAGAUGUUACCUGUGGACGAGUUUCUACCUGUAAUGUUCGACAAACACCCUGUUUCUGAAUAUAAGGAGCACUUUGAUAACCGGAACCUGCUGGCCUUUUCAGUAGAGCCUCUGCUAGUUUACCCGACGCACUACACAGGUGACGACGGUUACAUCAGUGACACAGAAACCUCUGUGGUGUGGAACAAUGAGAAUGUCAAAACGGACUGGGACCGGGCCAAGUCCCAGAAGAUGAAGGAGCAGCAGGAACUGAGCAAUGAAGCCAAGAACUCUGAUGUGCUCCAGUCCCCUCUUGACAGCACAGCCCGUGAUGAACUAUGACCUUGCUGGCGCAUAGGAGAAGGGGACUGAAGGAUAGGGGCGUGGUGUGAGGGGGAGGACUCUUCCCUUUCUCGGGGUUUAUAAGUUGGUUCUCUCAGUUGUCAGCUGUGGGGCCCAGUGCAUGCCACAUCUUCCAUCAUAUCUUGUGGCAAAGCAUAAUGGUAAGCUCCGCUUCCCCUGUCAUGGGGAACCUGCAACAUAAAUGGUUGGGUUUGCAUAGUCCUGCCACCACCACCCAUUCCAUCCUCUUCUUCUGUUUUGAAAGUGAUGUGGGUGAGAUCGUGCCAUACUCAUUUGAGUAAGAGAAGUUUUAUUCUCUGAAGAAUUGGUACUGGUUCCUAUAAAAAAAAGGUAAAGGUGUCCCCGCACUUCUAGUGCGAGUUGUUUCUGACUCUUAGGGUGACAUCUUGUGACAUUUACUAUGCAGACCGUAUAUAUGGGGUGGGAUUGCCAGUUCCUUCCCCGGCCUUUCUUUACCCCCCAGCAUAUGCUGGGUACUCAUUUUACCGACCACGGAUGGAUGGAAGGCUGAGUGGACCUCGACCCCUUUUACCGGAGAUUCGACUUCCUCCUUCCGUUGGAAUCGAACUCCGGCCGUGAGCAGAGCUUUCGGCUGCGUUACCACCGCUUACCACUCUGCGCCACGGAGGAUCUUAUAUAGGGAGCCCUAUAUCUCUGGAAGGAGGGGACACUGGUUAGUCCUUGAGAAAAGGGGCUGAGAUGCAGCCCAGACUAGCAAGCUCCAGCACCAUAAUGUUCUGUGUCAAACAAAACCGAAUCUCUUGGUGUAAGGUUAAGACCUGUCCAGAUAUUUUUAUAUAAAGUUUUUACUGGUGACAGUUCUAUUAUCUGAUUUCUGUGGAAUCCUGAUCUCUCUCUCAAAUGUCCUAGUUUCCCAUGGCCUAGUGAACGUUUUCCCUAGCAUAUCUCUUGCUUCGCCUUGCAAGGACAAAAAAGUGCCCUUUUAUGUUGUAACUUUUACUGCCCAGCAGUCAGAGAUGCAUGAUGGGAGGUGCAGUACAACAUGGAAAGCAGGGUUGAAAUGACAUCUUCGAUCAUUUCAUUGUGACAAGCAUAUAGCAUUGCUUUUCAACUGGUGAAUAAGGAGUUUAAGGUUGGGUGCACCUGUAACCUCCACACCAAAUUGUUAUUUUUAUUCAUGAGUUUCUUUUAUAAGCAAAAAAAGAAAAAGAUAGUGGGGGGAAAGAGAGUAAGACAGACAUACAGUAGUUAAUUAAAAAUGAGCCCCGUCUUGCAGAUUAGGGUUAAAAAGGUGGGUCCCAGAUCUGAAGGCUAAAGAACUAUUAGUCCAUAGACUCCUGAAGUAUGGUGAACGGUCCUGCAAUCACCACCAUCUCCUUCGACUUUUGUAAUAUAAUUAAAGUUUUUAACGUUUCCUCAUUGAAUAUUUUUUAAAAUUAUCUAAAAUAACUGAACUGAAACAUUGGAAUAGGUCAAUGGCAUUAGCAAGGAGAGGUUUUCCCCCACAAUCAGGAGGAAGGAAAGUGUUGCAAAGUAGAGACAGAGAUCCCGUAAGGAAUGCGAGCAUGCAUUGGAGGAUUUUAGAGGAAACAUGGCAGCCUAACUAGUUUCACCCAUGCUGGAAGGGCAUGAUAAUGCCACAGUGUACACUGCGCUGGGCUUCUUGUGACAGUAGGGCUUCUACAGAAUGUGUAACUGUCGUUGCCUUUGUCGGCAAGCACCAUCAUGCUCUUAACAGUGCAGUGUGUGCAUGCGAGCCUUGACAUAGUUGUGCCUGUUUUUGCUACAGGCUCCACCGAUGGAGUGUGAUUUGUAAUGUCACUAUAUGGAUAGGGUUGCAGCUGGAUGGCAUAGAAGAUCAGUAUCAACAAAGCUCUUGUAUCACAUUUUUUUCUUUAACUCUAUGAUUCCUGCUGGUAGAUUCCACACCAGGAUGGUGGGAUUGUGGAAGUUCUGCCCUCAGACUUAUGUGUGUACUUAUUUGCAAAAUGCACAGAAAUCAAGUACCUAGCUAUUUCCUGUUGCUUAUACCACUUGAGAAUUUACUGCACAGUCCUAUAUAGUUUGCUGCACUCUCUCAUUGCCCCGUCUCCUCCUAGGCAGAAAUAUUGCAUCAUGUACUCUCCUCUUUCAUCAGUAUAUAUUCUUCAGCACAUGGCCUGGUACAGCAUUUGUGGGUGUGCAAAAUGCAUGCACAUAUUUCAAACAACUUUGGGUUCCAUGUCUUUGUUCCGAUCAGAGCUGCACUGGCAAAACUACAACAUGCACACAUAUAUGUACAUGUUAAAUUAUGUAUUAUAUUAAAGAAGCUGUUUGUGGAGGAGAGCCAUGAUGGAAUAGAGAAGAACCUCACACUGGUAUUGCAGCGUGGGUCGUUUUGAACAGGACAGCCUGUACUGGCCUCACUUUGGUCCCUGUUGUGCAGAGAGGCCAAGGUUCAAAACCAGCCCAGAAGGAGAGUGUGGUUUAUGGGGAUCAAUUGUAGUGAGAGAGCACAUCUCACCCUCCAUCCCUUUGAUGCACUAUUGGGGCACAAUCCACCAGCAAGUCCUAUACAAACUCUUGUGAAGCUCUCAUUAACUUCAAUAGGACUUGUACAGGAGAACACGGACAACAGGUUGUAACUUUGAUAUUCACAAAGGGGCAGCUGACUAUUGUGCCUAUUCUACAAAAGCAGAAAUGUAGCUGGUUGAGCAGAGAGUUUUGAAUCCAGUUCCCACAGGUCCAAGGCCAGCACCAGCUGGAGGUGAUCAAUAUGUGGGUCAUAUUCAUGCAGUCUUUGAAGUAGUUUGUGCAGCUGUUGGUACUUCUUAAGACCUGUUAGUAUCUUCUUUCAUGGGGGUGGGGUAAAUUUCUAGUUCCCAUGAUGGCUGAAGUGCAUUUGCAAAUUGGAUUGUAAGAAACAUGCUCAAGGACUAGAAAAAUGGACACAAGUAAAGAAGUGUCCACGUUCAUUUUAUUGUUCAAUUUAAUGGCAUCUGUGUACCACAUUCUGUUUUCAAGGUCUCGUGUCAAGAUUCUUUACCUCAGACAUGAGAGCUAAACACAUAAGCUUUUUCUGUGACCAUGAAAACGAUGCACAAGUUGUAGUAAUACAGCUAAACUACAUCUGUACAUUGUUCUUUUCUUUUGAGCAAUCAAUACACAAAUGAUCUAGCUGUCAUGUAGUCUCUAUCUUUGCCUUUUCUCCAUGAUAUGUCUGUGAUGACCAGAUUUUCCCGGUUGCUAUAGUUAUACAUUGGCUACUUGGGGAAAACACGUACAACUGCACAUUUAUAGUACCUGGCAUUCCAGAGUAAAUUUUGUACUGGAAUGCCCUUGUGUAUGCCUACCAGAACAAAAUUUGAAUCUAGCUGUGUGUUAGUUUCCUUUGACUGUUCCACCACAUUCCCAUUAGAUUUAUGGUUUGAGACUUGCGUUUGGGGGUCCUUUGGCAGCUCAUCACAGUUCCUUCAAUAAGAUGAUCGGUCAUGGUGGACAAACUUUCUUGAAAGUCAGUUUGCCCAACUUCCCUAAACGUCUCCCAGAGCAUACAGUCACAGGAGAAUGUUAAGAUAUGUUUUAGGACACCUGCUAAGUUAAUGGAGGGAGCAGUGAGGCUUAACAGCACUGCUCAGCAUGAAUUGGAAUGUUUGCCUAGAGCACAUAUAAGAAACCUGUGGUCCUCUGGAUGUUGCUAGAUUACAGCUUCCAUAAUCCAGGGGGAGACCAUCUUGGCUGUAAGACCCUCUCCCUGCUUGCUGGCCUCUUGCCACCUGUCCUGGAAGGGUGGGGCCUUGACUGACUGCAGCUGUAAAAGUGAAUUGUGUAACUUUUUUCUGUUCAUAUUGUGAGCCGCCUUGUGCAUAAAUUGUUGUGGAAAGGCAGCAUACAAAUAAACAC